AUGAAUCCAUCAAAUUGUUCACCAUUACUCGUUCAGAAAAUGUUUCAAUCGUUAUUGUCUAGCACAACUUCACCAAUUUCUCCAACUUCGUCUCAUCAAAAACUAGCUGCAGCAACAACGUCACAGCCUUUAACAUCACCACCUUCAAAAAAUUCUAUUCGUUAUAUUGAAAACGAUCAAAAUGGUCGUCGAGAAAAAUAUGAUGGUCAUCGUUGGAGACUUGCUUGUACAUGGAAUACAUAUGAGUGUACAAAUAUUGCUUAUAGUAAUCAAUUAUGUAAUAAACAUAAUGCAUUACGGCGAAAUAAAGAAUUACCAAAAAGAAAACGGAAACCAUUACUAACUCAUACAUCAUUACCGAUCAUGAAUCAAUACAAUGCAAAUGAUGAACACGAUGAUGAUAAUGACCUUGAAAUUCUUGAAGAAUAUUGUAAAAAUCCAACUAAUCGUUGUUCUCUGAGCAGUAAUAUUAAAUCAGAAACUCAUGAGUUUAAUAUAUUUUCUGUAGAAAAUAUCAACGAUGGUAAUAUAUUUGACACCAUUAAAUCAGAACCAAAGAUGGAUACAGUUGCACCGGAAUAUUUCUAUGAUUUUCUUCUUCGUCAUCCCCAAGUAACACUUCAUUAUGGCAAUUGGUUUCUACGAUGUAAACCUAUACCACCAACAACUGGCUGUUUAAUUGAUACAAAAGUAUGGACCUUAAGUAUGACAGUACGAGGUGCCAUGACAUCUGAUAGUAUGACUGAUGAAUGCGCUUAA